CAGUAAGUCAUUAAGCAUUCUGAUGGACAAUGAUUAGUCUAGGUCUACUGCUUGAAUAGAUAGUGAAAGUGUAGUGAAUUUGCAAUUGAUAGUAGGCCUACAUUAACCAAGAUUCCGGUGAAGCUGAAGAUAAUAACUUGGUCUAGCCUAGGAUUUCGCCAGAAAUGGCUUCUGUUACAAAUAAAAAUGAUGUUCAUAAAAACGAAGAGGAUGAUGAUGAUCUGGAAGCAUUGCGCAUUGCAGCAUUGAAGACUUUGCGCAAGAAAUCAGCGGUGCAACCUACUUCGAGUUUCUCUGUUACUUUCAAACCUCAUAUAGGCAAUCCAAAUCUCAUAGCCAUCAUACCAGAAGGUGCGGAUCCUGGGACUCACAUGAGACAGAAGUCAUAUAUUAGACCCCACCCACAUCAAAACCAAGGGCGAGGGGCUAACUAUCAGCAUUACAGAGGCCCUGUAUCUAGCUCUCACAGUACGUUGAAAGUGUUAUCCAAGGUAGACAACACGCCAUCUGUUCAAGAGAAAACCGAGAAAACUGUAAAUGAAGUAAAGGAAGAAGUUUCCACCAAAUUCAGCCGGUUUGAAGACACCGAAUCAGAAUCAGAAGAUGAAAGUGAGAAAGAAGAAAAAAUACUAGAGGAAUCUUCAGAUGAAUCUGAAGAUGUUUUAGCCUUGGAAGAUGAAGACGAUAGCUUAGAAGCAUUGAUGGCACAGAUGGAACAUGAAAUUGAAUCAGGAAUUGAUCUUGAGCAUAGCAAAAAUGAAAAAAAGAAGUCUAAAAAUAAUAAACAGAAGGGGAAAGAACUUAAGUGCAAAUCUGAAGAAAAGAAUUUGUUAUCACUUGAAAAACAGAAAACACAGACUAAAACUGCAGUUAUAGAACCUACUUUGAAAGAAACAGACUGUAUUCUUAAAAAAGAAAGUACAAAACCAAUGACGAAAAGGAACAAAUCCCCUGCUAAAAUAGAUAAUCCAAUUGGGAAUACAGAGCUUAUUACUUUACCAUCUUUGCAGAAAGUGGAUGGCUAUAAUUUUACUAUACCACUUCAAUCGUCUUCAACCAAUAUAUCUCUUACACCCCCUCCCAAAUCUCUCCAAAGAGAGACUGAAAGGACCACCAGAAAAUCUAGAUCGCCCAAUGAUGUUCUUUGUUCCAGGACAAAUAUAUCUCCUGGAAGACUUAGGUCUCCUCAGAGGUUUUCUCCUGAUAGAAGGUCACCAUUGAAUACAUCUCCUGAUCAUUAUUAUAGUGGAAAGACCUCUACUUCUCCUUACUAUAAGUCAAGAAAAAGAGGAUACUCUAACAGAUCUCGAAGUCCUGUUAGGAGAAAAUCACUGUCCCCUAAGAGGGCAGCCAGAGAUCCAUCCCCAAAAUAUUACCAAAGGCGAUCACGUUCACCUUGGAGUCCUGAAUAUAGACAUUCUCCAGAGGAUUCCAAGUACAAAUCCCCUAUUCGUCGACGAUCCCUUUCUCCUCGGUUUAGAAGUUCAAAGUUGGGGCAUUCCUCUCAUUCACCAUACUAUCGUAAAUCUCCCAGGCGAAGAACUCCAUCAGUGUCUCCCAGACGAUCUGUCUCACCAAUGAGAAAGCGAGAGUACUCACCCCAUAGAAGACGACCAUCUCCAAAGAGAGAUUACAAUCAAAGAAGAAAUUCACCCCCUCUAAGUCCAAAACGAAAACAGUCCCCACCUCCCAGAAAAUACUCACCGAAUAGAAGUCCAAGACGAGUGCACAGAUCACCUUCACCUAAAAGAAAUCAUUCUCCUAGAAGAAGAGUUUCCCCCUUGCCUGUGAAAGAAACUCGCAUCAAAUCAGAAAAACGAAGUAGGUCUCCUUCUUUCAGUCUAAGUCCUUCCUCUACUCGAGAAUCCAAAGGAAUAAUUCAAAGGAACAAGUCACCCCUGCGCCCUAGAAGAGAGGUGGUUGAUGUAAACGACAGGAGUUGGAGAGCUAGACGUCAGCAAUCGCCAGACAAGUCUGUUAGUGGUGAAACAAAGGAAAAGAAGAAAAUAACUAGUAAAACAUGGGAAAAUAGGCCUUGGGAAAGAAGAGUUGAAGAGGGACGCAGAGAAAGAGGAGAUAAAACUGACCGAUGUACAAAAAAAGAAAAAGAUAUUGUCAGGUCUGACAAAGAUAAACCAGAAGAACUUAAAGAAGGCAAUCUUAAAGUAACUGAUAACCCUUUGUUUGAAGCAAGGAGAAAGAAAUUUGAAUCAACCACAUUGGUUGAACCGGCUAGUAAAAAAAUCAGAUUGUUUAGUAAGAAAUCAAGUCCUGUUAAUGAGGACAAAAGUUUGGAAGGUAAACAAGAGUCUCCAAACCUCAAUAAAAGAGUAAAUGAGCACAGUGUUCAAACAGAGGACGAUUUGUUGAGUGGUCAGGAGGAAGUCGAUGAUAUUGAUAACUUUUUGAAUGAGGACCAAGAUGUACUGGAUUUGUCAGCCGAAGUGUGGGAUUCUGAUGAAGAUCUGUUACCAAGAGCAAGUAAAGUAGUUUCUAAUAAUAAAAACGCUGGUAAAAAAGUAAAAUCAUCAAAGAAACAAUUAUCAGUAAACAUCAAGUCUUCACCGAAAGAAAAACCUGAGGGUCACAGCGCACCAGUUGUUGAACCUCAGAGGAGUACAAGUCCCAGUGUGGAACAGAGGCAGGAUAGGUCAGCAGACUGGGACGAGAGUGAUCUGAGAGCUCAGUUGAGCCGUCGUCGGGAGGAGAGACUCACUAAGGCUGGAUUAUUGCAUGAGAAAGUUCCUCGGCGAUUGCUACAGGAUGCUUUUGAAAGUGCUCUGGGAAAGAAAAAAAUCAAGAAAGAAUCCAAAGUGAAAAAAAGUAAAAAGGAAGCAAAGAAGAAGAUUUCGUCUCCAGUUCAUAAAGAGAAAAGUGAUGGACGCAGGGUCUUAGUUCUGAAACGUCCAGCUCCUGUUAAGAUGCAGUCAGCGCAUAUCAAUGUCACGUUUCCUUCCAGAGAUGCAGACUCGGAGUCAGAAUCUUCCUACUCACGUUCGUCAUCUUCGGAGGAGGAGCGGUACAGUGCCAAGCGCAGCAAGUUACCAGUAUACAUGCGGCUAGGUACAGCUGGGGGACGUAAGGUCAAACUCAGCUCUCGUCGCAGUCAGCUACCUCCCCUUAACAUUUCCUGUCCUCUCCCCAUGUGCACCCUGGUAUCUGACUAUUAUGUUUAAACUGCCUGGAAGCUGUUGACAGUAAUUGUGAUUAUCUUGAAGAGAAGAAUGAGGCAAAGAACUUAGAACACACAAAACUGUCUUCUUUGUUUGUUGGAGGAUUAAUACAUAUGAAUCGAUACUCAAAGAGGUUAUAGUUAUAAAUAUCCUUAAUGUGGAUGUAAGCUCAGUGUACUUUAGCAUUAAUUUACUUGUACCAGUUGUUUCAGUUCUAUUAAAAUGAUCCUUGGUCCUCUGUUAAAUGUAGCUACCUGUAUUUGUGUAUACUUCCAUCAGUUAGUCAUUAACCAUUUUAACCCUUUUAACUCAAUUUGUUUUCUAGGAUUUGAAGUAAAUUUUUGUUUGUUUGUAAAGUGUGAGUGAUUGUUGUGUUAUUUAUUUUGUGCUUGCAAAAGUUGUAAAAGAUUUUUAUAUUGUUUCCUCACUAGACACUUAUUACAAUGGCGACUAUCACGAGUGACUAUGCUCAAUAUUAACUAAAACAUUACCACUCAAGAGUAGAAUAAUUACUUUACAAUAUUAAUAUAAUUCUAGGUUGUGUUUGUUCUCUACCAUUGUAAGGUAAACUUGGGAUAGUGCUACAAUAAUUACUUAAUUGUAAUUUCCUUGCUUUAACAUUAAUUUAUACCUUUACAUGACCUAAAACCAACCAAUAAAAUAAAAACGUAUAUGUUAUACAUUUUACGACAUAAAACUAAAUACAUCUAAAGAAAACGCAAUUGUUUAUGGUGUUAAUGUUCGUUAUGGUAAAAGUAACAUUCAAGUUUAAGUGACUAUAUGUGGUCUAAAAAUGAUUGUAAAUGCUUCUUAUAAAAUUAAGGUAAUAUUAUACUAAACAAUAACGUUUAUUGAGAUGAGUUUAUGAUUGCAUUAAAUGUCACAUUCUUAUUGCAUAAUUUACUAUUGAAAGUACUAUUCAUGUUCAGUGAAUGAUUCAUUUAUCAUAGCAUAAAAAAAAUUAUCACUAUUCAACUUUACCUUAUGUUUUAGGUACUUCUACAUUUAUAUCUUAUAGAUAAAUUCAUUUUUAAAGAAAAGAGUCUUCAAUUUAUAUAUAUAAAAGGUUAACCGCCAUUCAUUAUAAGGUACAUCUCUGAUUAACAGAUGCCCCAUACUAAGUCAGAUGUUAGGGUUUGUCUCUCUAAGUUGAAUUUGUAGUAAUAUUCACUCAUUAAAAAUUCCCUAAACAUGUAGCUAUGAUGUUACUUGCUAAUAGCUUAUUGUGGUGUUAACAAAUUGGUCAGUUAGUCUUUGUCAAUAUCAACUCUUUUUCAUUAAAUUUAAUUCUUUUUUGCGUACAAUGAACCCAGCGUUUCGCCAUUUCAUUAAUGAAAUGUGAUGUAAAAAGCUAUUAUUGUCUCAUAAUUUGUUAUUCAAUUUCUGUAUAAAUAAUGUAAUUACAACUAUGUUCGAUAUAUACAGUUGUCUUAAUGUAUAACUGAACAUUUAACAAACUCAAACAUGUAUUAGGUGAAAUUAUUUGUCAACAUUUUUUUGUCAAUCUUCAGCAAUUUUUUUUUUUUAAUCUGGCACUAUUCUGAACUAUUAUAGUUGGCAUUAAUUUAGUUAUUUAAACAGAUGUUUUAUUAUUGAUCGUUAUAUGGGGCUCUAUUGUGCUGGAUGUUAUAUUUCUAAGUCUAUUAUCCCAAGCUUAAUCAAACUAUUUACAGCUUUAGAAUAGUAAAAAAGAUAAAUAAACUGCAAUUGAAUUGUGGUAUAAAUAAGUCCUAUAACUUGUUAUAAUGAAUUAUGGCAAAGUCACCUAUACAAUCAUCAUUUCUAUAUCAAAUUAAACAAUACUUUAAUUGGCAUACAAAUCUGAUGAAGCAGUUAGUAUAUAGAUACUUGUAUUUUUAUUUUCUUAGAGAAUUUUACUUGGCGUAACAGACAUAUAUAAGAAUCACUUAUUGGCAAAAUUGAUCUAAAUAAACACUCGUAUUAUAAUAGUACUUCAUGAAUGUGACCUUUAUGUAAUCUUCAGAUAUAAAAUACUAUAAUUCCAAAAUCAAUUUUUAAUUUUAUUCAUGUAAUUUGUAUUGUUAGUGUGUAAUUCUAUUUAUUUGUUUCCCUUAUUAUCAUUUAAAUAUAAUAAAAUAUUAUUAUUGUAUGUUUUUAUGUAUGUCUGUGUUUUGUUUGUAUAUUAAUAAUAAUUCUUAAUAUAAUAUAGUUUCUUAUAUAGUUUAUCCUAAAGACCUGCAACAACUGUAAAAGGUAUGGAAGAAUGAGUGUGUGAAAAAAUUGUUAUUAAUGUUUUAUUUUACUUUAGGUUAAAUAUAUUUCAUAUUGAAGUGGUAUUUAACUAUUGUGUUCUUUCUGUAAAAAGUGUUUAAAGUCCUCUGUUUCAAGUUUUCACAAGUUUUUAAACUAACAAGUGGAGUCAUACUUCUUUAUAUACUCUUUUCAAAAAAGAGAACCCGAGUUGAAUUAAUAAACUAGUCAUAACUAGUUCUUUUUAAAAUUUACUAAUUUGGAUUUCUAAAAAACAAAUUUUGUGUAUAUAAAUAUAUAGCAUUGUAAAAUAUGUAAAUAAUAUGUACUUUAGUUGCCUUGUACUGUUGUAUA